AUGGUGGUGAAUACAAAGACAUCUAUGGUCAACCAUAUUAUCAAUCACGAGCAAAAGCAGCAGUUUGACGGACAUAAUGGCAAAACACUUCAUAUUGAGGCUAAUCGCAUGGGAGAUAGAUGCGAUGAUGGAAGCACUUUCGAUUCAGUGGAUAUUCGCACACCAAAUAUACUAAGAAAAACAGCACCGCAUACAAGCUUAGCUGCUGCAGCUAGCCAGGUGGGAAUCAAAGAUAUGGACAUAGACAUGGAAUCUAUCGUACAAGUUGUAGACCAUCACACGGCUACUAUAGACGAAAAGCAAAUAAACGCGGGCAAAUCCAUUCCACUUGCUCAGUUUUUAGGACAGGUGUCCAGGAAUAGCGAUUACAUGGCCGGUUCAUUCUCAACGAAGAUGUGUAAUGCAACAAGUACUAAAACCACUACCGAAAAUGACAGAUCUACACAAGGAGAACGUCAAACAGACCCUCAGCAAAAGGUACUAUCAAAGGCUGUAAGCUCGUUACCGUACGAUAGCCGUGGUGAACUGAAAGUAUUGAAACCAGUUUCAAGCAGUAGCUUAGAAGUUGGGAAUGUCACAAGUAGCGUGGAGACGUACACCAGCACUACAGUUGGUGAAGAUCCAGGGCUUGUCAUGAGAUUGCGGAAAGACUAUUCAGUGGCACAUGCUGCUGUUCGGAAUGAGCAUAAGAAGAAUUCAGCUGAAAUGAGUGCAACUGAUAUGCGGAGUUUUGUACAGACUGUGAAUGAUAGUAGUAGCUUGAAGCGUGAUUUCGCGCCGAACAAAGACCUUUAUGAUUCUGCGAUAUACGAUUGCAUCGAUUUUAACAAUGAAUGGGAUACAAAUCUUGAUGCGACGCGGAACGAAGAGGAUGACAGCGUGGACUCGAGCAAAGAGGUUCUAAUGCUAGCUCUUCAGGACGUAGAGAUGCGUCUGAGAAUGGCAGAAAACAAGCUGAGGUUUGUAGAGACCACUAAAAACAGGCACUCAGGAUUAUUGGGAGGUAUGAAUGAAAUCAGAGUGCAACUCAAUCACCUAAAACAAUCAUCGAGGGCGAACCAGACUGUGAUACAGCACUUGACAACAAAGCAAAAGCAACUGCUUGAUCGCGGCAGCGGAAGUUUGUCGACCGCUCCUUCGCAUUCCGAGAUGUGUGUACAUAUAUUUACAAUUAAGUUCUAUCACUAUGCUGAAACGGGCAGGAGCAGCGCGGAGUAGAUCGAUUGCUAAAUGAAAGAUUUUGGAUCGGAUUUACUGUAUCUGCGGGUCUGCUAAGCAUAGCAAUUUACUUGUCCCGCUAGUUAUGUAUUUAGCAUACUAUUUACCCAGUCUGUACCCGCUAUGUAGCCAGGUUAUAAAUCACAAUCAAUCACUG